UCGGCCCAGCGCGCCGCCUUGACUGUUCCUCCGCCGCGCGUGUGAGGCGAGCGGGAAGGCCGCGCAGCCCCCCAUGCAGGAGACCCAGGAGAGCCCGGCGGCCGCCGAGACCCCCGCCGCCGCUCUUCCCGCCCAGGACGAGGGGCCCGGAGGAGGAGAGCCCGGCGGCGGCGGAGGAGGAGAAGAAGAAGGAGAAAGAGGCGGCAGCAGCUCCGGCGACUCAGAGGCCGAGCUGCCGGACGGGCCUUCCGCGGAGGAGCCUGAGGGGAAGAAGGAGCCGGAGCCCGAAAAAGGCGGCGGUGAGGAGAAGGAGGAGAAGCCGCGAAGCAGCAGCAGCGGCGGCGAGGAGGAGGAGGAGGAGGAAGAGGCCGCCGCCGCCGAAGAGCGUCGGGAGCAGCCACAACCGCCUCCGGCCGCAGAGCCGCCUUCGCCUCCUCAGGAGCCGCCCGAGGUUGCCGCUGUAGCCGCCGCCGCCGCAGAGGGGCCGCCGGAGCGGGAGAAAUCCCCCGAAGCCCCUGCCUCUGCCCCGGCCGAAGGGGGUUCCGAGAAGCCCGAGGGGGACCAGGAGGGAUCCGAAAGCGGCGAGGAGGAGAAGAAAGGGGAGGAGGAGGGAGAGGAGGCCCAGAAGCCCAGCAAGGAGGAAGAGGAGGAGGAGGGAAGCGGCAAGGAGGAAGAAGAGGACGACGGCAUCUCGUUCAGCGACCCCGAGGACUUCGUGGACGACAUCGACGAGGAAGAAUUACUUGGAGAUAUUCUGCAAGAACGUCCACAGGAGGCAGAUGGAAUUGAUUCAGUGAUUGUGGUGGAUAAUGUUCCUCAGGUUGGACCAGACCGACUUGAGAAACUGAAGAAUGUUAUCCACAAGAUUUUCUCAAAGUUUGGAAAAAUUACCAAUGAGUUUUACCCAGAAGCUGAUGGGCAGACUAAAGGGUAUAUUUUCCUGGAAUACAUGUCUCCAACUCAUGCUUCAGAUGCCAUUAAAAAUGCAGAUGGCUACAAGCUAGACAAGCAGCACACUUUCAGGGUCAACCUUUUCACUGACUUUGACAAAUACAUGACAAUCAGUGAUGAGUGGGAAAUUCCAGAAAAGCAGCCAUUUAAAGACCUGGGGAAUUUGCGCUACUGGUUGGAGGACCCAGAUUGUAGAGAUCAGUACAGUGUGAUCUUUGAAUCUGGAGACAGAACCUCUAUUUACUGGAAUGAUGUUAAGGAUCCUGUCACAAUUGAGGAGAGAGCUCGAUGGACAGAAACCUAUGUGCGCUGGUCUCCAAAGGGUACCUAUCUGGCUACAUUCCAUAUGAGGGGCAUUGCUUUGUGGGGUGGAGAGAAAUUCAAGCAGAUUCAGAAGUUCAGCCACCAGGGGGUGCAACUCAUUGACUUCUCACCAUGUGAAAGGUACCUGGUCACCUUCAGCCCUCUAAUGGACACCCAGGAUGACCCUCAAGCGAUCAUUAUCUGGGAUACCCUAACGGGACAGAAGAAGCGCGGAUUCCACUGUGAAAGCUCAGCCCACUGGCCCAUUUUUAAGUGGAGUCAUGAUGGUAAAUUCUUUGCUCGGAUGACAUCUGACACUCUUAGCAUCUAUGAAACACCUUCAAUGGGUCUGUUGGACAAGAAAAGUUUAAAAAUCAAUGGGAUCAAAGACUUCUCCUGGUCUCCAGGUGGCAACAUAAUUGCUUUUUGGGUGCCUGAAGACAAAGAUAUACCAGCAAGGGUGACGUUGAUGCAGCUGCCCUCCAGACAGGAAAUCAGAGUGCGGAAUCUCUUCAAUGUGGUGGACUGCAAGCUCCAUUGGCAAAAGAAUGGGGAUUAUCUCUGUGUGAAAGUAGACAGGACCCCUAAAGGCACACAGGGUGUAGUGACCAACUUUGAAAUCUUCCGCAUGAGAGAGAAGCAGGUUCCUGUUGAUGUGGUAGAAAUGAAAGAAAGCAUCAUAGCAUUUGCUUGGGAGCCAAAUGGAAGCAAGUUUGCUGUGUUGCAUGGAGAGCCACCACGAAUAUCCUGCUCUUUCUACCAUGUGAAAAACAAUGGGAAAAUAGAGCUCAUUAAAAUGUUUGACAAGCAGCAGGCAAACACGAUAUUCUGGAGUCCUCAAGGGCAAUUUGUGGUGUUGGCUGGUCUCAGGAGCAUGAAUGGUGCCUUAGCUUUCGUUGAUACAUCUGACUGCACCAUGAUGAACAUUGCUGAGCACUACACAGCCUCAGAUGUUGAAUGGGACCCCACAGGCCGCUAUUUGGUGACUUCUGUUUCUUGGUGGAGUCACAAGGUGGACAAUGCCUAUUGGCUGUGGACUUUCCAGGGUCGCCUCCUACAGAAGAAUAAUAAAGACCGGUUCUGCCAGUUACUUUGGAGACCCAGGCCACCUACGUUGCUCACCCAGGAUCAAAUAAAGCAAAUCAAGAAAGAUCUGAAGAGAUACUCCAAAAUAUUUGAACAGAAAGAUCGUCUGAGCCAGUCUAAAGCCUCAAAGGAACUGGUAGAUAGAAGGCGAACAAUGAUGGAGGAGUUCAAAAAAUACCGCAAGAUGGCACAAGAGCUGUACAUGGAGCAAAAGAAUGAGCGGUUGGAGCUCCGCGGAGGAGUAGACACAGAUGAGCUGGACAGCAACGUAGAUGACUGGGAGGAGGAAACUGUUGAAUUUUUUAUCAAUGAAGAAAUUAUUACAGUUGCAGAGCCAGAGUAGUCCGAAAGCCGUGCACCACCAUAUCUCGUACUGAGGAGGGAUUUGUUCAUUUUCAGAAGGUCUACACAACUUUGGACACUUUUAAAAUCCAUAUUCUCUCUCUGGACGGUGAAUGCGCAGGAUUCGUUCAUUCUGACACAUUGUAGUGCCUUCUAGUCCCCACUGCCUACUGUGGAGUCACUUGAAAGGCACUGCUUUUAAAUUUUUAUCCUUUAUUGGGGGAGGGUUUAGUUUAAUUUUGAAAAAAUCUACCACCAGUAUUUGCUGCUUGACACUCCAGCAGUGCUGCUCUCAGCUGAGCAACUUGGAACUGUGGCCCUUACAACUGCAGCCUUGGCGCAACUUCCAGUGUCUUGCCACAAACUCGUGAUGCUUCUCUUUGCCGAAGACUGUUCCUGUGCCCAAACCGCACAGGUGGAAGUUGAUUUCAUGUUGGGGAAGAUCACCGAAAAAACUGUACUUCAUACUAUGUGCUUUAAUUUGCGGAAGCAGCACUACAGUGGGCUCUACCCUCCUCCAUUCAGAUUGUGACAGGAGCUCUCCCAGAUUGGAAAUAAAGCAAGCCCAUAUGCUUAAUAAAGAGGGCUGUGUUAUAUGA